AUGAUACCCUGCUCUUCCUUCACAUUAAGUUUAUUCGUCUUCCUGAUCGCAUGCACCGCUGCUGCAUCCGUCCGGCCCCUGGACAAUCGGCAAAUCGCUGCCGUUGAACGACAAGAUUCUUCCGUCUGCAUGAACGACGGUAUUAAUUGCCGUUGUUCGAAGUCAACAGCUCCGGGGGCCUCUCUUUGCAAGCGACACGUUGGAAACAGUCAAUGCACUGUUGGCCUAUGUGAUGAGCCUUUCCAAUGUGAUUGUAAUGGAAGCUUUAUGUGCAGCCGUGCUUCCACAGUCGGAUACUGGGAUUGUGACGAGGCAGGAUCGGCAGCGUUCAGGACGACAGAUUCUUGCAAAUGUUCCAGAAGGAAUAGAACAAAAGCAUCUUACGCCUUGCGCGUAACUCAGCCACUAGCGGAAUAUAUUCGUGGAGCUGGGGAUCCCUCAACAGGCUGUGGUAUGCCUUUGGACUUUUGGGCUUGA